GCACUGCGUCGUCAUCCGUGAGGGGAGGAUCUUGGCCGUUUGCCCAGUGCAGGAUGCGACUGAAGCAGGGCUUGUUGUGGAGCACCACUCCGGGUGCCUCAUGCCAGGCCUCAUUGACGCACAUGUUCACAUUGAGUUCAGCGAGCACUUCCCAUUGCACAAUCAACCUUUCCUCACCACGUCUGAGCUGAUGGAAUCAAUGGCUGAGCGAGCCCUUCGUAUGGUGCGUUGUGGGAUCACCACUGCUCGAGAUCUUGGUGGCCGAAAUUUUGCAGCCUUGAGCUUGCGGGACGAGAUCCGCCAGAAGCGCCGUUUUGGGCCGCGGCUCCUUUGUGCUGGGCAGCCCUUGACGACGCCUAAGGGUCAUUGCCACCAGUGGGGCGGAGAGGCAGGAUCACUGGAAGAAGCUUUUGCCGUGGUUGAGAGACAGGUGCUCCAUGGCGCAGAUUGGAUCAAGGUCAUGGCCACUGGUGGCAUGCGCACGCCUGGUACCAAUGUAGAGGAAGCGGCAUUCAGCUCUGACUUUCUAUCGGAGGUGGUCCAAAAAGCAUCAGCCAGCAAACGGCCGGUGGCAGCCCACGCCCAUGGUGCUGCAGGAGUUAUUGCGGCCGUGCAGGCUGGAUGCCGGACUGUGGAGCACUGCACCUGGAUUGCCAAAGCUGGCCAGUGGGGUUGUGUCGAUGACACGACUAUCAAGGAGAUGGCCCGCCAGGGCAUAGCAGUGGCGCCCACGGCACAUGCAAAUUGGCGACGGAAACCUAUGGGCGAGCGGAACUAUGAACGCCUUUGCGUGGCACUGCAGCAAUUGCGCUCCACCGGUGUGCAAUUACUGGCUUCCUCUGACGCUGGCGCCAUCCCAGGACUUUCGCACGAUGCUUUGGCUGGAGGCAUUCAGGUGCUGGCGAGCAUGGCCAGGAUGAAGCCAGUUGAUGCGCUGCGCGCAGCAACCAGUGCAAGCGCUGAGUGCCUGGGUGUUGGCAGUGAGUGCGGGCGUUUGGCUGAAGGCCUCUCUGCAGAUUUGCUGCUAGUCGCUGGGGAUCCAACCCGGGAUUUGACUGCACUGGAGCGGCCGCUGCUGGUUGUAGCUGCUGGUCGUGGGGGGCCUGAGACACUUUACCCAAAGCUGUUUUCUCAGGUAGAGACAAAAGCCACACAAGCUUCGCGAGUCUUGAGCUCACAAAUGAGACCGCGCUUACGCGGCCAGGGCGAAUUGAGCCUUUGGUGCCACCACCGCCGUUUCCAAACUAUGAGACAGUUCGAAGAAAGCGCCAUGAGGUUGCACGGCACUGAGAGCACACUGAGACAACGUGACGGCUGGGGGAAAGGCCUUACAGUAUGCACUACCAAAGAGGGUGGGCUCUGAAACCGAUGUAGCAAAUUUGACG